GCAUGUUAUCGUAUUCGUAUGCAACACACUACAAUUAUCGUAUGACAGAGCUGGUGACGGUGGUGAGCAGUGAGCAUGUUAUCGUAUGCAACACUACAAUAAUUAUCCUAUGACAGGACAGAGCUAGUGGUGGUGGUUUGGUGAGCAGUGAGCAUGUUAUCGUAUGCAACCCACUACAAUUAUCGUAUUACUAAGCUGGUGACGGCGGUGGUGGUGGUGCGCAGGCUGCUCUAGUGCCGAGUCUUGGCUUGGCACGGCAGUCGAUACCCGUCCUCGCCGCUGCACGCCUCACGCACCAUGUUGUCCCGGGGCCCUACCCUCUGGCUAGACCUACGUUCAUCACACGGACCUGUGUAGAUAUUGUGUACAAACAACUGAAUCAGACCGUGUAUGCCAAAACCUUUGGAUUGGAAAUAACUUUACCGAGAGAUGUCUGGGUUCGGUCUGGGCUCUCAGUCGCGGCCUUGCCUACGGCUGGGUCUGCUGAUCUGUCUUUUGGCCUUCCUCAGCGUCUUCUACUUUCUGAGUGACGUCUCAUCUGCAGGAUACCUUGAGUUUGUGCGACGCUCCGCUGAGUUUGAUGCUGACUUCUACCUUAAUUCCGGCCCAGCUACCUACUACCUCGACCCCUCAGACAACCUGACUCAUGCACCCCGGGAAGGAUACCUGGUGUGGAGCCCCAGCUGUAGGAUACCGGAUAUCGACCCCUGGCAUGAGAGUAUCCGGGGGCUGAUCCACCGCACAGACUCCCUGGUGUGCUCCGCCGUGCCACUGUUGUCUCGUCUGGUCGGGGGAACUCUCACCUUGCUCAGACAACAUCUCCGUCUCUACACCAGUGACAAGAACGUACACUGCUGCUACCAAGAGAUCACCCGCAGAGACAGCAACGUCCUUAACAACAAUGUCGACGAUGUUUAUAGCAUGAGUGACUGCUUCUCGCUAAAGGACUCGGUAAAUUUAACGUCCGAACAACAAUUUAUCCUGGUGAAAUGUACAAUUCCCAAGAUAUGGAAGAAUAAAGAAAUCUACACCAAUCUGCAUGCCAGAGUGCCUAUAAGGGAGGAUGUUAAAGUAAAACUUCAAAAAAACUUUACUCAAAACAAACAAAAAAUGAGUGUGCUCAUAGUAGGGAUAGACUCUAUCUCUCGUCUCAAUAUCAUACGAGCCAUGCCUAAAACAGUCAGCUUCUUGAGAAAUAAUGGCUGGGUUGAAAUGAAAGGUUACAAUAAAAUGGAUGACAAUACUUUUCCUAAUCUCAUGGCUAUUCUAACAGGAAUGAACUACACCCGUGUACGUGAAACAUGCAUGAACACCAACAAAAAACCGGUUGAUGGAUGUCCAUUCAUUUGGAAGAACUUCUCCAGAGAAGGUUAUAUCACUGGAUAUGGUGAAGACGAACCCACUAUCGGCACUUUCAACUUUCAGAAAACUGGGUUUUUCAAAACUCCUACAGAUUACUACCUCAGACCAUUCAUGCUGGCAGCAGAAAAGAAUACAAAGAUCAAAAAGAAGGACGGUUUAAAGACCUGUUUAGGGCCCACUCUCUCCACAGACCACAUAUACAAGUACGCUACUGAUUUCGCUACAACCUUCCGCAAAAACCCCUACUUUGCUCUUUUUUGGAUGAACAGCUUAAGCCACAAUAACGUAAAUACUCCUUCAGCUCUCGAUAUUAGAACUUUAAAAUUCCUCCAGGACUUGACAAAUAAUGGAGUGCUGAACAAUACCUUUGUGAUAUUUUUAAGUGACCACGGAAUGCGGUUUGGCAAAAUCAGGGAGACUUACGUAGGUUGGCUGGAGGAGCGUUUGCCAUUCAUCUUCAUGUGGAUGCCAGACUGGUACCGUCAAAUGUAUCCUCAAAAGUACUCCAACUUACUAGAUAACAGAGAUAAACUUACAACACCCUUUGAUCUGCAUUUGACUCUACAAGAGAUAGCUUAUAAUGAACAUCACAACGGGACAGACUCUUGUCCCCAGUGUGUCUCCAUGUUUGAUGAGGUUCCAUGGAAUCGUUCUUGCUCAUCCGCUGGGGUAACAGAACACUGGUGCACUUGUUCAGAGUAUCGGACACUAUCCACUGAGGGCCACUCAGUGAGGGCGAUGGUUCACUUUGUAAUGGGAGAAGUCAACAAACUACUGGAGAAAGGAAUACACUUAGCAGACAAUGGUACCACUUGUGCAAAACUACAAGUGAAACGAGUUUUAACAGUUCGCAGUAAAGUUUAUCAACAUAAACUCGGAUAUGACGAAUAUGUAGUUUUAUUUGAGACGUUACCAGGUCAAGCAUUAUUUGAAGCGACAGUUAGUCAUUCUGGUCAGUUCAAACUGCUCGGAACUGUCAGUAGAAUAAACGCAUUUGGUGCACAAAGUAAAUGUAUGAACGAUGCGUUUCUAAAAAAAUAUUGUUUUUGUAAGAAGACCUAGUACUAACUUGAGGAUAAUAAGCAUUGUAGAAAUCAAAAUGUUUUCCAGAAAAAGUCGCACAGAGCUUUUGAUGAGUAUUAACGCUCUUGAAAAUGAGAAAAUUCUAAAACAUGCCUUGUUAUGAUUAAUUUUAAAACAGUUUGUGAUUUAUUAUUGUUUGGUUGGUUAUUGAUUUUGAUUGUUGUCGCACAAGUCUAUCUGUGAAGUAUCAGGUUCCUUAAAUCGUUAUAUUAUCCCAUAAUUUAUUAUUUAAGCUUUAUCAAGUCAUUGAACAAUAAUUAGUAUAUUUGAAAAUAAACAAUAAAAACCUUAAAAUCAGUACAAAUAACUUUAAAAAUAAAAAUAAAUGUGUUACCAUUACUAAGUAAAGACAAAGUUAAAAAAGGUGUAAAGUUGAAUUAGCUAAGUGUGUAGUUACUGUCGGGGAAAUAAAUAUGUGCACUCGAGUUUGAGCCUAAAAUUCUCUGAGAUGAAUUAUCCGAUUUUGUUGAAACAAAAACUAAAUAUAAGCUCAGGCCCACUUUUAUAAACGGGCAGAUUGGGCAUAUGCCCAGGGGCGCCGGUGGUUGGGGGGCGCCCUGAAUCACUGCCCGCACUAGGAAAAAAUAGGUUUUAUCAGCCAGGAUUUCAAAAAUAAAAUGGGUGAUUUCAA